AAAAUAGUAGCCUUCGAUUGAUUGAUGUUGUUUUGAACUUAUUCAGCCUUGAAUAAAAGUGACUAAACUGGAAUUUAUUCAAAAAUUGCAAACGAUGGUUCUACAACUCCAUUGUGGUUUGAAUUUUUGGCUCUUUUCCUGGCUUUUAGUAAUAGCUUUCGUCUCUGCCCGUGAGUUCCGUGACGACAGGCAAUGUCCCCACCUGGCGAGUGAGAAGGUGCAGCUACAUAUGCUGGAGGGGGAGUGGUACGGGGUGAGACAGUCAGUUGACUCUUGGACUAUUCCCGGAUCCAGCAACUGCAGUUAUCACCAGUUCAACUUCAAAAGAGAUCACCACGGUGUUGGUAUAACCUGGAACGAGACGGUUUGCCCUUACAGACCGUUAGCGCGCAUUAGUUCCAAUUGUCACAGCCUCCUGACAUCUCUUCACGAACACAACGCUAACUCCAACCGAGGUGACCUCAUUCUGGACUUGUUCAACCUCGGACUAUCCACGCCAGGAAUGCCAAAUAUGUUCAUUCUCCACGUGGACAAGUAUUUCGCCCUGGUAUAUUACUGCGUGAACGGAAUCAAUAAUGUUAAAGCUGAACAUUCGUGGGUUUUGUCACGACUUCAGUUCCCAAAUACUCGUAAAUUAGAAGCAGUUGAAUACCGAUUGCACUACUUUGGACUUAAACUGACGAUGGUAAGCGUGAACCAAGAUAACUGCCCGAAUAUUUUACCCGCCUCUUACUACCUGCAGCGAAGAGGACUGAAUGAACUUGGUGUUGGCGCAAAUGAAUGGUGGAAAUGAAUUAAAUAACGACAUGGAGAGAUCUGUAUCGUCUAAGGAAAAAGCACGAAGUCUGGGACAGUUAAACUGAUUGUUGAACUAUUUAUGAAAAAAUCGAGAAAAAAUGGGUUUACUUUAUGUUAUUUUAGGCAUGUUAAACUAUAAUUAAAAAGGAAUAGUUUAAAUUACAUGUCUAAAUGUGAAAAUGACCUGAGUAAUCAGACUUUUGAAU